AUGCUUAUGAUGCUAAAACUAGCAAUGGGGGCACUAGGUUUUGAGACACAGAACUAAUAGAUAACAUAAUUUUCCGUUUCAACGAACGUUAGUUGUUUUGUAUUAACAUUUAUUAAAAUAUAUUUCCUGAAAUCUGGAGGAAGUUGCAUAAAUUUAACCUCUGUGAUGACCCUAGACUGGUCAACUAGCAGUUAGCCAAGGGCUAAUCGAUCAUAUUCUUUGGACUUUCUAUGUAACUGACGUAAAGCUAUAACCAGUCAAAAAAAAAAAAAAAAAAAAAAAAAAGAUCACUAACUUGUAAGACUAUUUUGCAACUGGCCUGAAAAGCUCAUAAAGGUUCAAAAUCCUUGUUUUAUUACUGCGUUAGAGUUAAAAGUUUCUUUAAGGGGGAACUUUGGAUAAGUCUUUAUAUUACUCCAUUAAUUUAAACAAUUAAAUAAAUAAAACACAUUUUUAAGUGUGAAACGUUACAUAAGUAAGGCAAGUGAUACGUUAACAAAUUUUAAGAAUAUAAAUAAGAAUAAAACUGUAAAGUGCUGCACAAGUCAGUGCAUGAAAAAAAAAACUAAUUUAAAGGAAACAUCUUUUAAACAUCUUUUAAAAAUAGCCUAUGUAUUGUAAUUGAAAUUUACAGACACAAUAGUGUAUUUAGGAUGUUUUCUUCCCACAAGUCAAAAAAAAAUAGACAAGUUAAGGAAGCAAAAUCUCAAAAUCGACAAGUGCCUUAAUAAACAGUGGUUAGUCUUGCAUUAAAUGCUUAAUUUGACAGGAAUUUGCAGAAAUAUAUAUAUUCGUUUUUGGUAUUACACUUAAUAUUGUGACACUGGUGCGGUUUUCAGUAAGGAUGAAGGAUCUGUUCUACAUGACGUCUCAGUGGAGUGUAAGAACUUUAUCCGCUGUAAUCUUCUUUAGCUUCUGUCGCAUGCAGGUGGGGAUGUCAUAUGGAGCUGCAGAGACAGACGGAGACAAUGAGACAUCGCUUCGAUAGCUGAUAGCUGAUUUGAGCCGGCAUUCUGACUGAAAUGGAGGACGCAGGUGUCCGACAACAGAAGCUGGACAAUCAGCGUUCGCUAUUAAUCAAGAAACAACAAAGAAGAAGGACAGAUGCCCGGAUGAUCACUGCGAAUCGAGACAUUCGUCCCAAGACACGCAAACAGAAAGCUGAGUCAGAUGAUACUGCUUUAUUGAUAAGCCAAUCUCAGAGCAACGUUUCCCUCAGUGACACACAGCCCGAGCAGAUUUACGAAAACACGGUGGAAGAGAUUUGUUUAGGAGAGAUGACCAUUUCAUCCAGGACAGAAGAGGCUUCUGAAGAGGUUGCUCAGUCUGUUCCGGUCAUCCCUAAGAAAAUCGAUCUAGAGAUCAGCCCACGGCACAGCGCUAAAUGCACUUUAGACACAGACGGACAGGCAGAUGGAAAGAAAACUAAGAAGAAGGGUGUUAAAAAAGGGCAAACAAAAUUACUUGAGGCCAAACCUGCAUUAGAAGUGGAGGAAAAUGAGGGGAAAGAGAAAAAAACAGUGAAGAAGAAGGAUAAGACAAAUGAAUCCAAGGAGAAAGUGAAGACAGAGGAACAUGCUUCGAUUCAGACCAUUCAGACUGAUUCAGUUGUGGAAAUCAACAUUAAUGAAGAGAAAGAACCUGAAUCAGAGAGCGAGGACGAAACAAAAGACUGCGUUCCUCCAACACCAAAGAAAAAACAACAUCCCAAACCGAUGAGAUGUCAUCUCAGUGAUAGUGAAGAAGAAAAAGAGGACGAAGAGGAGGAGGACAAAAAGAGGGAAGCCAAAAAACCACCAAAGAAGUCUAAAAAAGGAGCAAAAACUGAUGACAGUAUUGCUUCUUUAAACUCCAACUAUAAGGAGCCCGUCUCUGAUAGUGAUUCUUUGGACAUGGGAAGAUCCUCUCCGAUGUCUUUGGAGGAUCUGGAACAGUUUGCCAUGCGUCCUGCUCCAAGAGAUGUGACCAUUCAGUGCAGGAUCACCAGAGACAGGAGGGGAGUGGAGAAAGGCAUCUUUCCCACAUAUUACCUCCAUAUGGAAAAGGAGGAUGGGAAAAGGGUCUUUCUGAUGGCUGGCAGAAAAAGAAAGAAGUGCAAAACCUCGAAUUAUUUGAUAUCAAUCGAUCCUACCGAUUUAUCCAGAGAUACUGAGAGCUACAUUGGCAAACUAAGAUCAAAUGUCUUGGGGACUAAAUUCACUGUGUAUGAUAAUGGCGUGAAUCCAGAAAGGAAACCAUUCAUUAAAGAAACAGAUACGCUGAGACAAGAGCUAGCAGCAAUAUGUUAUGAGAAAAAUGUUUUGGGUUUCAAAGGACCUAGAAAAAUGACAGUAAUUAUUCCUGGUAUGCAUGAGAAUGAUGAGAGAGUUGUUAUUCGACCCAAAAAUGAGCUGGAGUCUUUGCUCACCCGAUAUGAGAACGGAAACAAAGAGAAUCUUGUCACUCUUUUAAAUAAAUCACCCAGCUGGAACGAGCAAACUCAGUCAUAUGUGCUAAAUUUUCAUGGCCGGGUUACUCAGGCAUCUGUGAAAAACUUUCAGAUUGUCCACCCAGAUAAUGAGGACUACAUUGUGAUGCAGUUUGGGCGAGUAGCUGAAGAUGUGUUCUCCAUGGACUACAGCUUUCCCAUGUGUGCUCUGCAGGCUUUUGCCAUCACUCUGUCUUCCUUUGAUGGCAAACUGGCUUGUGAAUGAGCCUCAUUCAUCUGUAUUUUCUGUUCAUUCAAAAAGGGAAACUUAGCUUUAAUUUGAUAUUUGAAUGUUCUUGCAGUCCUUUUAAUGAAUUUUAGAAUUUAACUAUUAUCCACAAUAUUAUCCACAGGUUGCAAUGUACAGUAGAUAAUUUAUCUGUUUUCCUAAUUAUGAAUCUACAAUUAGACAUGUAUGAAUUUAUUUUGUAUUUAUUCACGCUUUAAUUGUUAAUUUAAAUUGCCUGCUCUCCAAGAUAUUUUCAUUUCCUUCGUUUACAUGAACAAAGAGAGAUUGACAUUGUUAAAUAAAAACCUGUUGAAUUCAUAUAA